AUGUCCGGAGGGGUAGACAGUGCUGUAGCUGCUCUGCUGCUGAAGAGGAGAGGUUAUCAGGUGACAGGUGUAUUUAUGAACAACUGGGACGUUGUAGAUGAGCACGGAGUUUGCACUGCGGAAGCUGACUGUGAAGAUGCCUAUAAAGUCUGUGAGAAACUAGAUAUACCUUUCCACCGCAUCUCUUAUGUGAAGGAAUAUUGGCAUGAUGUGUUCAGCUCUUUCCUGUAUGAGUAUGAGAAAGGAAGAACCCCAAACCCAGAUAUACUGUGCAACAAGCAUAUUAAGUUUAAUUAUUUCCUCACUCGGGUUGAUGCAAUUGAAAACUUGGGAGCGGAUGCUAUAGCCACUGGGCACUACGCUAGGACAUCCCAUGAGGAUGAAGAAAUAUUUCAGCAUCCGUUUAUUAAAAGUCCUCAAAGUCUUUUCAGGAAUAGAUUUGAAGAAAGAAAUGAUGUGAAACUUCUCCAGGCUGCUGACCAAUUCAAAGACCAGACUUUCUUCCUUAGUCAGAUACCACAGUAUGCACUGAGGAAAACCUUAUUUCCACUGGGAGGAUUGACAAAAGACUUUGUAAAGAAAAUUGCCACAGAAGCUGGAUUUCAUCAUGUUUUAAAGAGAAAAGAGGCAAGAACUUUUAUUGUGUGUAGCAUGGGAAUAUGCUUCAUUGGUGAGAGAAACUUUCACAAAUUCAUUCUUGAGUAUUUAGAGCCACAGCCUGGGAACUUUGUUUCUAUUGAAGAUGGGAAAAUUCUAGGAACACACAAUGGAUGGUUUCUCUUCACUUUGGGCCAAAGAGCAAGAAUUGGUGGUUUGAAAGAUGCUUGGUUUGUUGUUGAUAAAGAUGUGUCUAGUGCAGAAGUUUUUGUGGCUCCAUGUACAGAUCACCCAGCUUUGUACAGAGACCUCCUUCGAACUGAUAGAGUUCAUUGGAUCUGUGAAGACCCUCCUGCAGAGUUGGUGAGGAACAAAAUGAUUUCAUGUCACUUCAGAUUUCAACACCAGAUGGCGCUAGAACCUUGUGUAUUAACACUAAACCAGGAUGGCACAGUUUGGGUAUCCUUAGAAAAGCGAUUAAGAGCCCUGACACCAGGCCAGUUUGCGGUCUUCUACAAAGGGGAAGAAUGCCUUGGAAGUGGGAAGAUUCUGAGACUGGGACCUUCAUUGUACACCUUACAACAGGGCCAAGAGAUAAUGAAAUCUGCGGCAGCAAACGUGUCAACAGAGACUUUUAAAGAUCUGGAUCCACUAACCUGA